UGGAGAGAAUUUGUUGCUCCCCUGUCAUCUUUACCCGUCACAGACUCCUGUGGGGAUACGGUCUGUUCUAAAGCCCCGGGUGUGGUCAUUUAUAUGGGAAAGUUUUAUUGAAAACAUAUAUAUAUAAUUAAGCACCUUUCUGCCAUAUGUUACACUGAUGAUAAUGUGGUCAGAUAGCCCAGGACAGAGAGUGCUGACAUAAGGAGGUGACGGCUAAUGAGACAGUGAACCUCCUGGGAGGCUUACGAUGGCGGACGAGACCUUAUUCGCACUGUUACAUGUGGAGAUGAUCUCUCAUGCUCAUAAGAGCGCUGGGCAGGAUGAUGAGGAUCAAGGGAAACACAUCAGGAUCUUGGAAGGGAUGGGAUUCCGUGUGGGUCAAGGACUGAUUGAAAGGCUGACCAAGGACAGUCCAUCUUUCAAGGAUGACCUGGAUACUAUUAAAUUUAUUUGUAAAGACUUUUGGACCAUCGUUUUCAAGAAGCAGAUUGAUAAUCUGAGAACAAACCAUCAGGGUACAUAUGUCUUACAAGACAACAGAUUCCAGCUUCUGACUCAGAUCUCCUGCAGUAAACAAUAUCUAGAGGAAGCACCAAAGUUUCUGGCUUACACUUGUGGACUCAUCAAAGGUGGACUCUCAAAUCUAGGAAUCAGCUGCACUGUCUCUGCUGAGGUUCCUGUGAUGCCGACAUGUAAAUUCCAUGUUGUCAUCUCCAAGAACUAAAGAAAAAAACAUCCAGAAUUCUUAUGAAAUCAGGAACCGUGUUUAGUGCUAAACACAAAAGGUUGACGAAACCAGCAAUAUUGGCUAUGCAAUGCGUUUCACGAACUCCAGAUAAGCUGUUACCACAUGUAGCCUUCCUCAGAAAUGACCACUCGGUAGAUCUUUUAUUGCACUUUUCUGCCCAUUUAGUUUCAUUACGCCACAGUUCUCUGUUCUGCUGAAGAAUGUUACUUUAUCCUGUCUACACUUUGCCUCUUCUUCACUGCCAAGUUACAUAAUCGGAGCAGCUGCAGGAAACACUGGCAUUCUGAUUCUUCAAUAUCGAGCACGCACAAGACUGUAGUGUUUGCUUAUGACUGUGCAUUGUAUAGAUCAGGGGUCUGCAGCCUGCGACUCUCCAGCUGUUGUGAAACUACUACUCCUAGUAUGCUUUGACAGCAGCAGGUACUCUACUUUCGUGGUGCAAGUGGGUGGCAAUCAAGCAUGGAAGACUCUGUGGAGACCGGACAUUGUGAGUGGCAACGCCCUCCUGACCCUUCAGUUGCCAUCAACAUAGAGCGCAAAAUUCAUUUAGUAAGUUCACAACGGUUGGAAAGCCACAGGCCUGAAGGCGACUGCGUUAGAUGUUAGGUAAAGUUUACUCCGUGCCCUGGCAUAGCUCACCACUAGGGAUGAAACAGCUGAAGUCGAGUCGCAUAAAACUUUGUUCUAAUACUGUACGGAGCAGGAGCCCCGUACAGUAUUAGAAUGUAUUGGCUCCGAUGAGCCGAAGUUAUUGCUUCACGAAGUCUUGCGAGACUUCGGCAGUCUAUUCGCUCAUCCCUACUCGCCACCUACUACUGUUUUCUACCUACUUUGAACUGUGAUUGUUUGUUAGUUUUAUGAGCCUGCACUGUUUUGUAAAUCGUCGUUCCAAAUUCUUGGUUUGCUAAUAAAGUUUAAUUUAAUACAAA